ACCCAGCUCCUGGUGGAGCCCCCCUGGACACCACCGGUGCUGUGGGACCGGGUGACACUGACCUACCAGGGCUUGGGGACCACCGAUGCCACCGCCUGGUACAAGGAUGGGCAGCGCUUGUGGCAGGAGAGACAGGAGCGCUUCACUGUCACCGAGAGUGGCACCUACUGGUGUGACAGACCCGGCACCGGAUGCAGCCCCCUCGUGAUAGUCUUACAACCCUGGCUGCUGAUGCAGGAGCCAGGGCGGGCGCUUCUGGAGGGGGACACAAUGACACUGCGCUGCCGGGGUUGGGAGAACAGAACGGUCAACUCGGUGUCCUUCUACCGAGAGGGGAAGGAACUGGAGAGGCUCCGCGAUGGCACCAAGCUGUCCCUGCCCUCUCUGCAGCUGAACCACAGCGGCAGCAACAGCUGCGAGGGCCAGGUGAAAUUCGGGACAUCAGAGAAGUUGUAGCAGUCAGUGCCGGUGACAGUGACAGUGCACGAGCUCUUCUCGGUGCCGGUGCUGGAGGGUCCCUCCAAGCCCACCGUGGAGUCCUCCCUGACUCUCAGCUGUCUCAGCACCCCCAGCCCCCUGCAGCCCCAAGCCCCCCUCCUGCGCCUGUUCUACCGGGAGCAUGUGGUGGGGGGCCCGCAGGGGUCCCCACAGCUGCUGGUGCCCGUGGGGAUCUCCCACUCGGGGAAUUACAGCUGUGAGGUGCGCUCCGAGGGUGGGGCCAUGCAGAAGAGCAGCGCCUGGCUCCGCAUCACAACGCGCCGGGUCCCACUCUCAGGGGUGUCCCUGUUGGUGCAGCCACCCAGGGGACAGGUGGCACUCGGGGACAGCCUGCUGCUGACCUGAGAGGUGGCCAUGAGGACAGGCCUCCUGUCCUUCUCCUGGCACCGGGAGAGCUUGGGUGCACUUCUGGCCACCGGCCCCUGCCUGGAGCUGCAACACGUUGGGGACAAUGACAGCGGCCAGUACCAGUGCCAGGUCAGCGACGGGAACAGCAUGGCCAAGAGUGACUCCCUGAAUGUCACCGUUCUGGUGCCUGUAGCCAAUGCUACCAUCACUCCCGGUCCCCUGUCACACCAGGUGCGUGCAGAGGACAACGUGACCCUGCGCUGCUCAGUGCAGGUGGGCUCAGCCCCUGUCACCUUCACCUGGCUGCACAAUGGGCAGGAGGUGGCCCGGGGUCCCCUCCUGGAGCUCAGGGACAUCGAUGUGGGACACUCAGGCACCUACCAGUGCGUGGCCACCAACCAGCUGGGACAGGACGGGCACCGCAUGUUCCGGGCACUGAGCCCAGAGCUGGCCCUGGAGGUGCAUCCCCCCGUGCCACCACCCUCCAGGAUCCCCAGGCGACCUACGCAGAGCUGCGGAGACCCCAGGGGUGACCGCAGGAACCCGCUGCACCACAGUGGCCGCUACAGAUGUGAGGGCUUGGUGGGGUCCUGGCAGUCACGGGGUCCCGCCCUCAGGGGUGUCCCUGUUGGUGAGCCCCCUGGGGGACAGGUGGCACUCGGGGACAGCCUGCUGCUCAGCUGUGUGGUGGCCAUAGGGACAGGUCCCUUGUCCUUCUCCUGGCACCGGGAGGGCUCAGGGGCACUGCUGGGAACCAGCCCCCGCCUGGAGCUGCAACACGUUGGGGACAAUAACAGCAGCCAGUACCGGUGCCAGGUCAGCAACGGGAACAGCGUGGCCGAGAGUGACUCCCUGAAUGUCACUGUUCUGGUGCCUGUAGCCAAUGUCACCAUCACUCCCGGUCCCCUGUCACACCAGCUGCGUGAUCCUGCGCUGCUCGGUGCAGCUCUCAGGAAGUCCCAGGACAGGACCCCCAGGUGA